AUGGAUCCUAAUGUCAAGCUCAUAUCAAAGUCUAGCAAGUUGCUAAAGGACUCAGGCAUGUAUCAGCGUCUUGUUGGACAUCUAUUUUAUUUGACCAACACUAGACAUGACUUGACGUCUGCAGUCAGUGUUGUUAGUCAAUUUAUGCAUGCACCUCGUACAGAAUAUCUUAAUGUGGUUCCUCACAUUUUGAGAUAUUUGAAGACUUCUCCUAACUUGGGAUUAUUCUUUACAGCUACUCAUCAAUCUAAGCUCUCUUGUUUCACUGAUGCUAACCAUGCAGGAUCUAGAACUGAUCGACGUUCUACUUUUGGCUUCUGCACUUUCUAUGGUGAUCAUCUUGUAUCAUGGAAGAGUAAGAAGUAA